GGUCGGCAGUAUAUAAAGACAAUAACCCAAGACAAAAUUUCAGAUUGUAAAAUUAUGGAAUCUAAAGACUCAGUGACUAAAAAUAUGGCGAAUUGUUCCAGGAAGCGAAAACAGCCAAAUAUGGAGACGACACUGGCAAUCGGAAGACUCUGUGCGGCUAUACUUCUGAUUGUGCUGGUGACCAGGGUUGACGGAAGUACCCCCAGUCCAAGCCCACCAGACGAUCCCCCUCCCCCAUAUUGGCGCAAAGGCUAUUCGGGUGACGGCACCACUCACGAGCAGAUGGGGGCGCUUCAUUUUGCCGAAGUUGAAUACUCAAAGUACGAGCCUUCGACCAACUACUCCCAGAGAGAGAAUAUCACUAAAAUGUGGGUGGAUGUUGUUUUUAAGGUUUCGCGAACCUUUUUUGACAAAGUAUUUCCACUCGACCCGACCAUACCAAGAGGUUACAUAACGGACUUGGCUAAGGAUAACAUGAGAUUGGGGCCAAAAGUUAUACGGGACGAUUGGGCAGAUUGGUUGAACGCAUUCUGGCUUAUGUGGAUAUGGAUACUUUUUCUGGUUGCUCUCAUUGUCCUGUCCCCUUUUGCAGGUGUCAUGUAUUUCUGCUUCUGUUGCCAUCGCUGUAAGCUGGGAUGUCCAGCCUGCCAUUCGGGCGAAAAUAAGAGAAAGACCCUUCUUUGGAGCACCUGCUUGAUUCUGUUCCUUCCAUUAAUCGCUGGUAGUAUGGGCCUGGCUUUCCUUUCAAAUGGUAUGCUCGAACGCGGCCUGGCCAACUCUAAGAGGACCCUUGAAAUGGGCAGCGUGGACACUUGUAACUUCCUUAAGGAUGUCAGCGACCAUGUUCAUCAUUUGUUUGUGAAUAAUUUUGAGGAGCUGGAGACACAUCUGGUCUCUACCAUCAAGGAUGCACCUAAGCAUAUGUUCAAGGACAUGAACGAUGUCGCGGAGGGUAAUGCUGUCGCUGAACUUACUAGGAUUUUGGCGAACUUACCCAACACUCACACGCAGGGGAUUGGAUGGAUCACCAAAUUAAUGGGGUCUAUAAGCAAAACGUACAAUAAACUAAGAAUUGCUCUUCGGGGAUUGAAGCGGGACGUUAACCAUGCGGCGGUGGUGCUCUGCGGCAAUUAUGAUUGCCUGAAAUUUCUGCAGACCUCAGAUAUUGAGUUUACUGACACUUCAAGGUGCCUUCACAUGGACGAGCUCCCGAAUACGCAUUGGAUGUAUUGGGAUAUAGAAUAUUUGGGUCAACAGACUAACAGACGUCUUAAAUGGUUACCUCGUCUCCGUAAUAUUAGUAAAAAGAUAAUGGACGAGAUGGAACGAGUCUCACCACCGAUAAUUCGAGACAUACGUAAAGCAAGGAUACUCUUUGCUAAGGAGUCGAGGAGAAUCCAAGAAAUAAUUGAUGUGGUCAUCAGUGACAUUCACCUCGGCACUAUACGAGCGAGCAGGGCGUUCGAGGAUCUCUAUGACAAAUUUAAUGAAACGCGUUACUUUGUCGUUCUAUAUAUCGCUGCAGCCGUGAUUGGGAUACUGUGUUUACUGGUAACGGCUUUGAUUGUCGGCUGUUUGGCAAGACGUCCCACCGGAGCGAGUAAUGAAUAUUUCACCACGAGAAUCGCGUCGUACUUGCUGAUACUGUCCAUUAUUUUGAUAUUUUGUGCGCUAUCUGUCAUGCUGAUAGUGGUGCUGUUUAAUUUUGUAAUUGGUGGUGUUGCGUACAAAGGCGCAUGUGCACCGCUAAGGGAAGAGCAGGGAAGUGCGCUUCUCAAACAGCUAGACUCGGCGAUCGAUCUGCGGACGAUUUUUUCUCUCCGCAAUGUGGGUAUACCAGCUGCCAAUGUAUCAGCACCGCCAAUCAGAGUAUCGAAUGUGAUCAAGGCGUGUGAGGGCGACGACUAUUUGUUUAAGUUUCUGCACGACAACAGGAUCUUUGACAUUGACGAUUUUCUUCGACUGAAAUUAAUAACCAAAGCAGAAAGAAGUUUCGAUAAAAAUCUCGAUCUGUCUAAGGAUUUUAUACUGACCGAGGAUGAUAAGCGUUGGUUAUCCAUAAUGGACCCUCUUGAUUCGGGGACUUAUCACGGCAGCCAGUUUACCGGACAGAUUUGCAAUGGCCUCCAAUCAUUAAAUUUAGAUAGCCUGGGGAAAGGCCUCAGUGACUUAUCAAAGUCGCUAGAAUGGAGAUAUUAUGAUGCUGCCGUGGUCGCGUUUGAGAACGCGCAUGUUACUCUCAAGGCAAUUAAGACCGCCUACUAUCCUACUCUACACAAGGAAUUUCGGGAUAUGCAUCGUGCUACCCGGUGGGUGGAUCAGCGAAUUUUAUACCAGAACUACAACUUCAGGGAUUCCUUUAAGGUUUUGAGAGAAAAAAUUGGGGAGAUGGAAAACUUUGUACGGACCAAAGGAACGGCCUACAUAUCUACGCUUGGCCUAAACUUAAGUUCGGUGAUCGAAGAACACAUGAAUGGAUAUCUGAGCAUGAUAGUUCGUGAAGCCCACAUAAAGAUCGGUCGCUGCAAGCCUCUGACCUACAUAUACGAACGCGGCCUGGACUUGGUUUGCAAACGCAUGGUUGACCCCAUAAACGGCUAUUGGAUAGGUGUGCUAGUGUCGGCGAUCCUUCUGAUCCCCGUGGCCUGCAUAGCUCAUCGUCUGCAGUGCGUGUUUAAGCAACAUAGGGUGAUUCCGAUAAGGGCCGUCAGAGCACGAGCUGUGCGAACAGUUCAGGUUGAUGUUGACGAAGACCCAUGUCCCUUCUGCAGUGCAAGACCAAAGAGGACGCCAGGUGGACAUGUUGUCCGCAUCGAUCAGGACGGUGCAGAAACUCCAAUUUCGUGUGCGCUUUCCUCAAGCCAAGAAACAGUGAAUAUCAACGACGCAUACAGCAAGAAUAAAUUAGAUUAGAGCUGGAAUAAUAAACAAGAAAUCGGAUACGUAUCAA